UGGGUUGUUGAUAAAAGUGUCCAAUAAUCAGUGUGGUUAAAAAUUAGUCAUAUCGGUCCAAAAAGUGGAAUCGCCCACCCUAGGCGCCCCCACCCCCUUGCCCAACAGUAGGCCUGGACAUGGUACCGGGACUAGAAGCUAUGGGCGGAGUUUUGACGAAUAUUAAAGAAGGAAUUAAAAAAUUUUGGGGGGCUCGUCUUGUUUCGAGGUCCUGGAAGAUGUUCUGUAAGUCUAAGGGUAGAAAAGAAAUAGUUUUUGCCAAAGAUAUUCACAUUAGAUGGAAUAGUACAUACAAAUUGAUUUUCCAGAUUCUAAAAUAUAAAGAGGAACUUGCUGAAUUUUUUAGGGAUGAACUCCGUAUAAUCAUUGAUCCUUUUGAAUUUGUUAUUGUUGAAAAAUUGAAUGCCGUAUUAGAAGUUUUUAAUAGCGCAACUCUUACUUUUUCUCAUGUUUACCAACCAACUACAAAUACAUUUUUAAAAGAGUGCGUUACAAUCACAACAUGUUUUCAUGAAAGUAAGGCUGAUCCAGAUUUGUACCCAUAUGUCUCUCCUAUGAUACAAAAAUGGUGUGCUUAUUAUUUGUACAUUCCUGAUAUUUAUAAAAUAGGUAUUAUUUGUGAUCCACGCUUUAAGAUUGAAAAUUAUAAAAUUUUAAUUGAGUAUUACUACAAUUGUUUUUUAGAUAAAAAUAGUUAUUACUACAGUUAUUUAGUAGAAUGGAAAAAAGAAAGAGAUAAUGCUGUAACUUUUUUUGAGAAUUUGUUUGAGGAAUAUCAGGGGUUAUACGGCACUGUACAAGAAGAAGCAGCACCACCUCCGCCUCCGAAAUCAAAAAAAUGUUUUGCCGGAAUAGUCGGUGGUCUUCUUGCAAAGAAAGGGAAGCGUGCUCAUUCUUCGACGAGUUCAAGUGGUACAACAGUAAGCUCGCACAACGAACUUGCUAUGUACCAGAGUGUGCCAUGCGAUUACGACGACGACGACGUGGAUUUUGAUGUGCUCGGAUGGUGGAAGCGGAACGAACACAUGUUCCCAUGUCUCGGCAUGCUAGCAAGACAAGUGUUAUCCGUUCCGGUAUCAACCGUAGCAGUUGAACGAGAAUUCAGUGCUAGCGGCAACAUUCUAACCGACUUUCGAAGUUGUGUUAGCGCUGAAUCUCUUGAAACACUGGUUUGCAACCAAGAUUGGCUCUUGGCAAGACGUCGAGCUCAAGAGUCAUCGUACCUACUCGAAUCGGAGCAUUACAUGAAUGCAACAACAGAUGGAAGCCCGAGUUCUGAAGAAUAAGUGACAAUUUUUUUAUGUUAAUGUAGAAUUGUAGAUAUGUAAUUAGUUUUUUUAGGUGAGCGAUAUAUAAGCUCCUUCGAGGGUUUCUUUACGGUUCUUUACCUCGUCGCUUUUUUUGAACCGUCAGGAUAUUAAAUGUGGUUGUUCUUC